AGCUGAUUUCUUCAUCGUUGAACUUUGUCAACAGUGGUCGGCAAGAAGAUUUAGAGGUUGAAGUCAAUGUUCUUGAGAAGAAAUAUAAGGAAGGAGUUAUAUUCAAGUUUCCUGUCAAUAAUUUCAUCUAAUUAAUCAGGGUCUUCUUCAAUGGAGCUUCUAGUAGAGCCUAUCAUGGAAUUGGUAAAGUGUUUAGGGAGGUCAGCCUGCACCUAUUUAGAUUAUCACUUAAAUUUUGAUGAAGCUGUGAGUGAUCUAAGAAGAGAAUUGAAAGCUCUAAACAGGCGAAAAGAGGAUAUAAAUUUAAGCAUAGAAUCCGACGCUAUUUUGGGAAAAGAAAUGAAACAUGAAGUGCAAGGUUGGCUUGAAUGUGUAGAAGAAAUCAACAAUGAAGUGCAAGCUAUUGAAGAAAAGAUUCAGAGAGUUAAGUGGUAUUCAAAGGGCCUUCUAGGGAAACUUGCUCGGAAGAAAGUUGAGGUGGUGAAGAGAAUCUAUGAACAAGGUAGUUUUCCUGAUGGUUUCACAGUUGACAAACCUCGACAACAAAUCGAACUGCCAACUGAGAAUGUAGUGGGUAAAGAUUCUACAAAAGAAAAAAUUUGGGGAUACUUGAUGGGCAGUGAGGUCAAAAAGAUUGGUGUUUGUGGGAUUGGUGGGGUUGGGAAGACUACCAUCAUGAAGCAUAUUCAUAAUGAAUUGUUGAGAGUGACCGAUUUUGAAAAAGUGAUUUGGGUCACUGUUACCUACCCACUCAAUGUUAUCAAAUUACAAGAAAACAUUACUCGUGCUAUGGAUGAUAGAUUGAGACUCCCAGAAGGUGAGGAUAAAGUGAGGCGAGCAGCUACUUUGAUAAGCAUUAUGGAAGGAGUAGGAAGAUACGUGCUUAUCCUAGAUGAUGUUUGGGAAGUGUUUUCUCUUAUUGAAGUGGGAAUUCCAGAACCAACAAUUCAGAAUGGAAACAAAAUAGUCAUCACUAGUAGAUCCAUUGGUGUGUGCCAAAAAAUGGACUGUGAAAUAGUCAAAGUGGAACCUCUUUCAUUUCAGGAGUCUCUUAACUUAUUCUUAGAUAAAGUUGGGCGUCAUGUUCUACAAGUACCAAAUUUAGGAGGAAUCUUGAUGCUCAUUGUGGAGGAGUGUGGUGGCUUACCGUUGGCAAUUGUUGUGAUAGCAGAAAGUAUGAAGGGAGAAGAUGAUGUUGAAGUGUGGAAGAAUGCCUUAAAUGAAUUGCGAGAACAGGUAAAGAGUGUGACUGGUUCAGAUCAAAAGAUAUUUAAGAAGCUAAGGUUUAGCUAUGAUCGUUUAAAUAAUUCUGAAAUCCAAAAUUGUUUUCUUUAUUGCUCCUUGUUUACUGAAGAUUAUCUAUUUGACAGAGAAGAGUUGAUAGAAGGGUGGAUUGAUGAAGGGCUAGCUGAUGGGUUGGCUAGCAGAAAAGCAGCUUAUGCUAAGGGUCGUACCAUUUUAAAUAUGCUUGUAAAGAAUUGCUUGUUAGAGAAAACUGUUGAUUGGCAUGGUAAUGAUGCUUUCAAGAUGCAUGAUGUAAUGAGAGACAUGGCUAUCAAAAGCAUUGGUCUUGAAUUUGGAUAUAUGGUAAAAGCUAGUAUGAAAUUGAUAGAGGUACCAGAUGAGCAUGGGUGGGGAAAUGAUCUUAAGAAGGUGUCUCUGAUGGAGAAUAACAUAUCAAAAAUUCCCCUUGGGUUGAGCCCAAAGUGUCCAACUCUUUCAACUUUAAUAUUGUCAAAUAAUCGUAAUUUGUCAGAGAUCUCAGAAUCUUUCUUUGAAGGGAUGCUUGAACUAAAGGUUCUUGAUCUUUCUCAAACUGGUAUUGAAGCUUUACCUAAUUCCAUCUCAAACUUGGAAAAGCUCUCUUCCCUAAGGUUAAAGAAGUGUUACAGUUUAAAGUAUUUGCCUUCUUUUGCAAAGCUUAGGGCAUUAAAGAAGUUGGAUCUGUGUAGAUCCAGGAUUGAGGUGGUCCCUCAAGGCAUGGAGAAAUUGGUUAGUCUGGAAUAUCUUGAUUUAAGUUAUUGUCAAAAUCUAGAACAGAUUCCAAUGAGAAUGUUAUCAAAUCUUUCCAAUCUCCAAUACUUGUUAGUUUAUGGAGAAUUGAAGAUAAAAAGAGAAGAGGUUGUGAGAUUGAGCAAGUUGGAGACCUUUCAAGGUGUAUUCGAUGACAUACAGGGCUACAAUUAUUUUGUGAAGUCUCAAGAUUUCCAAAUUCUUACUGAUUAUGAGAUUGUAGUAGGAUUACAAUUCUCUGUUGUGAUGGGGAUGAUUAACCGAAAGAAACCUGUGGUUAGCAUUUGUCAUUGCAACUUAGGAGAAGAAUGUAUAGUGCUUCCAGAUAACCUUCAGACUUUGGUGAUCGAGGAGUGUAAAAAGAUGAGAAGCAGCUUAAAUAAAGCAGUUUUGUUAGAAAAGGCAACCGAGUUGAGUUGCUGUGGUAUUAGGGAUUGUGAAGAUAUGGAGUGUGUGGUUGACUUGGACUCAUCCUCCUAUCCGGUACUGGAUAGGCUUGAAGAGUUGUUUCUUUGGGGAUUGCCUAAAUUGAGUGUACUUGUGAGAGUAGGAGUAGCAACACCAUCGCACGUCUUUUCCAAUCUUAAAAUCCUUCAUAUUUGGGUUUGUUCAAGAAUGAGGAAGUUGCUUCCACUUGAGCUGUUGCAGGCCUUCCAAAACUUAGAAGAGAUUGGUGUUCAUUGGUGCGAACAAAUGGAGGAGAUAAUAGCAUCAUCAGAUUCAGAUUCAUCAUUGGAUAAAUUCACUUUUCCCAAGUUAAGGAGAUUGUGCUUGAGGAGUUUACCCCAACUGAAGAGCAUCUGCAGUGCCAAAGGAGUUUUGACUUGUGAUUCUAUUGAAGUAAUUUGGAUAAUGAGAUGUCCUGAGUUAAAGAGAAUCCCUAUACAGCUUCCCCUGCUUGAUAAUGGCCAACCAUCUCCUCCUCCUCAUCUCAGAGAAAUCAGGAUAGAUGAUGACUCAGAAGAAUGGUGGGAAUCAGUGGAGUGGGAUCAUAAGAACCUACUUCAACCUUUCUUGAAAUACAUAUUAAGGGGGUAAGGUGUUGAUUGAUUAAGUAUUCAAUUUUAAUUUUAAGAAUGUUGAUUUCAUCUCAUGCGCUAUCUCGUGUAUUUAUUUAUUUUAUUUGUUUUCCAAUUUCUUUUCUAUCAUUUGCAAUCUAGAUGGAAGGAAACAAUUUCUGUUGCUUAAUUGGCUCUUGGAGGUUGAACCGAAGGGAAUAAACGAUCAUGAUCCAG